UUGUGAUUCUCCGGCUCACACUUUGCUGGAGUUGGUGCGGGGUGAGCAGGAUAAAAAAACAAACAGCCAUAGGUGCUUUCACGGAUUUGAUUUUCCUGCCUUCAAUGAUUCCCGAAUAUGCAUUGAUGUCUCCGUUUAAUAUCGAGGGAGUUUGUCUUGAAAGGAGGUCCAGGUUUAGCGACGACGUUGCGAAGUUGUUCCCUUGAAGUUUUUCCCCAAGGGCUGCAAAGCGAAUUCCCUGUUUACUAUUCAACUACCCCAGCCACCAUGGCGAGGCGGGUAGGGAGAGAAGGAUCCGUGAUUUUAACACACAUUUCAAACACGAAUUGGAGUAAGCAGUCGAGACUCCACUGGUAUGACUUCAUGGCGGUUUCUUGGAGCUGUAUGGCAGUCAUGUCGCUUCUAUGUUGUGGGGUUUGUGGUGCCGAAACGGAGUUCUCGAUCUUGGAGGAGGCACAAGUUUUAGCCGUACAAAUGAAAAAACUGUCCUCGCAGGAGCUUGGAGUCUUCAACAUGCAGAGAAUCUUCAACUCAUUUGUGUACACAGAAAAGACCUCAAACAGAGAGACCGAGGUACAGCAGCUUGCGAAGAAGAUCCGUGAGAAGUUUAACCGCUACCUGGAUGUGGUGAACAGGAACAAGCAGGUAGUGGAGGCGUCAUACACAGCCCACCUGACCUCUCCUCUGAACGCCAUCCAGGACUGCUGCACCAUCCCCCCCUCCAUGGUUGAGUUUGAUGGUAACUUCAACACCAACGUGUCCAAGACCAUCUGCUGUGACAGGCUCUCCCCCACGGUCAACAGUCGAGCCUUCAACCCUGGACGGGACCUCAACUCAGUGUUGGCAGAUAACCUGAAGUCCAACCCGGGCAUCAAGUGGCAGUACUUCAGCUCAGAGGAGGGCAUCUUCACUGUGUUCCCCGCCCACAAGUUCCACUGCAAGGGCAACUACGAGCACCGCAGCAGGCCAGUGUACGUGACGGCGGUGCGGCCCCAGUCCAAACACAUCGUGGUGAUAAUCGACCACGGAGUGACCAUUACAGAAAUACAGCUCCAGAUUGCCAGAGAUGCUGCCCUCGUCGUCCUCAACUCUAUAGAUGAACACGACAAGGUCUCGAUCCUGUCCUCAGCAGAGGCUGUGCGCUCCUGUUCUCUGGACCAGUGCUAUAAGAGCUACCUGUCUCCUGCCACCAGCGAGACCAAGAGGAAGAUGAGCGCCUUCAUCACCAACCUCAAGGCCUCCGACAGCCCUACCCAGCAUGCACUUGGCUUCCAGAAGGCCUUCCAGCUCCUCAGGAACACCAGCAACGUCACCCGGAAACUCACCAACACAGACAUGGUGAUUGUCUACCUGUCGUCUGGCAUCACGUCCCGAGACGCAUCGGAGCAUGAGAAGAGAGACACCCUCCGUGUGGUCAAAGAGGAGAACCGCCACCUCAACAACUCCGUCAUGAUCCUCACCUACGCCCUCAUGAAUGAGGGCGUGACGGGUCUGAAGGAGCUAGCGUUCCUGCGUGACCUAGCGGAGCAGAACUCUUUGAAGUACGGCGUCCCGGACCGCUCGGCACUCCCCGUGGUGAAGGGGAGCAUGAUGGUCCUGAAUCAGCUCAGUAACCUGGAGACCACCGUGGGACGCUUCUACAUCAACCUGCCCAACCGCAUGAUAGACCUGUCCUGCUUCAGCCUGCCCUACCAGGACCCCAUGGGAGACGGUUUCAUCAUGACGGUGAGCCGGCCCUGUUACUUUGGCAACCUGUUGCUGGGUGUGGUUGGGGUGGACGUGAACCUAGCCUACAUUCUAGAGGACGUCACCUACUACCAGGAUUCCUUGGCCUCCUACACAUUCCUCAUAGACAACAAAGGUUACACCCUGAUGCACCCGUCCCUCACGCGGCCCUACCUGAUGACAGAGCCUCCCCUCCACACUGACAUCAUCCACUAUGAGAACAUCCCUGGGUUCCCCGUAGUACGGGACAACAUUCUCCGUCUGCCCCUGGGUAGUCAGGUGAUAGCUGUGCCCACCAACUCCUCUCUGUCCUGGCACACCAACCGCCUCCGAGACCCCAGCAAGGAUGCCUACAACGUCAGCUACACAUGGAAACUGGUCCAGGACAAGUCGUUCAUCUUGUGCAUAGUGAACGUCCAACCAGAGAUCCCUGUGAAACACCUGAAGAACCUGAACACUGCUCCCAGCUCCAAGCUGCUCUAUCACCGCCUGGACCUGCUGGGUCAGCCCAGCUCCUGUCUGCACUUCAAACAGCUGGCCACUGUUGAGAGUCCUACAGUGAUGCUGUCUGCAGGGAGUUUCUCCUCGCCCUACGAACACCUCAGCCAACCAGAGACCAAACGCAUGGUGGAACACUACACUGCCUACCUCAGUGAUAACACACGCCUCAUAGCCAACCCUGGACUCAAGUCGUCGGUCAGGAACGAGGUGAUGGCGACCAGUCACGUCACAGAUGAAUGGAUGACACUCAUGGAGAUGAGUAGCCUCAACUGCUACAUUGUGCGCCGUUACAUAGCAACGCCCAAUGGAGUGCUUCGGAUUUACCCCGGCUCACUCAUGGACAAAGCCUUCGAUCCGUCCCGGAGACAAUGGUACCAACAUGCAGUGGCGAACCCUGGCCUCAUCACCUUCACCGGGCCUUACCUGGAUGUGGGCGGGGCCGGAUACGUGGUCACCAUCAGCCACACCAUCCACACCUCCAGUUCUCAGAUGGCCUCAGGGUAUGCAGUAGCAGUAAUGGGGAUAGACUUCACACUGCGUUACUUCUACAAGGUUCUGCUGGACCUGCUACCUGUCUGCAAUCAGGACAAGGGCAACAAGAUCCGGUGUUUUAUCAUGGAGGACAGGGGUUAUUUGGUGGCCCACCCCACCCUCAUCGAUCCUAAAGGUCACGCUCCAGCCGAGCGGCAGCACAUCACACACAAGGAACCGCUGGUGGCCAACGACAUCCUGAACCAUCCUAACUUUGUCAAGAAGAAUUUGUGCAACAGCUUCAGCGACCGCACAGUCCAACGUUUCUACAAGUUCAACACCAGCAUCAUUGGUGACUUGACUAACCUGGUCCACGGGAGCCACUGCUCCAAGUACCGCCUGACCCGUAUCCCUGGCACCAACGCUUUCGCUGGCAUCGUCAACGAGACUUGUGAUUCGCUGGCUUUCUGUGCCUGUAGCACUGUGGACCGCCUCUGUCUCAACUGUCACAGGAUGGAGCAGAAUGAGUGUGAGUGUCCAUGUGAGUGCCCCCUGGAGGUCAACGAGUGUACUGGCAACCUCACCUACACUGAGAACAGGAACCCCAGCUGUGAGGUGCACCAGGAGCCCCUGUCUCUGACGGUGAUUGACUCCAGUCUGCAGGACACCCUGCCCCAGUGUAUCAACACCCGCUGCAGCCAACGCUUCACUAGCAGUGACUGUUUUGGCGUGUUGGACUGUGAAUGGUGUAUGGUGGACAAUGAUGGGAAGACCCACCUGGACAAACCUUACUGUGCCCUGCAGAAGGAAUGCUUUGGGGGUAUCCUCGGGGCCAAGAGCCCUUACAUGGACGGCAUGGGGAUGUUGGAUGAGGAGGUAGCGUCUCUGAACAUGAUUCGGAGUGCACCGGUAGGGCCGGUUGCCGGGGGGAUUAUGGGCUGUAUCAUGGUGCUGGUGUUGGCUGUAUACGCCUACAGACACCAGCUCCACCGGCGCUCACAUCAACACAUGUCCCCUCUGGCCGCGCAGGAGAUGUCAGUGCGGAUGUCUAACCUGGAUAAUGAGCGAGAUGAGGACAGUCAUGAAGACAGGGGAAUCAAUGUUUUCCUGUCCCGUCCUGCAGUCAGCAACACACGGUUUAUUGCUGCGGUGAUUGAGAGACACACCCACAGCCCCGAGCGCAGGAGGAGGUACUGGGGACGGUCAGGGACAGAGAGUGACCACGGUUACAGCACCAUGAGUCCUCAGGAGGACAGCGAAAACCCUCCCUGCAACAACGACCCCUUGUCGGCUGGCGUGGAUGUGGGGAACCACGAUGACGACCUGGAUCUGGACACGCCCCCUCAAACGGCGGCGCUGCUCAGCCACAAGUUCCACCCGUACCGCCACCCGCCCCACCACCAGCUCCACACACACCACCUGCAGGCAGCAGUCACCGUGCACAGUGUGGAUGCAGAGUGCUGAUCCUCUGUAGCUGAUCCCUACACAGGCCUCAGCUCUCCUCCAACCCCACCAGCCCUCUCCCAAGCCUGGCUACAUCACUGAUAGCUAUUCAUCCAACACUACCACUACCAACUCCACCACCCAUGUGUGCUCCCACUGUGCCAAGCCAGGGUGAGAGGAGUUGGGCUGGGGAGAACAGAGCAGUCCCCCUCCUGGAGGACUCCUUAAAGUUCACACACUCCACCUCUGUUGAGGAACACUAGCUUCUGUAGCCCAGUAUAGCCCUGCUCAGAAACACUUGUGGUGGAAACCUCUUUUAUUCAAAAGGGGUCUGAACUUGUUUAAAAGUGUAAACAAAGCAUCUCAGAUUUUUAAGAAGAAGAUAACAAAUAAGAAAUAAAGGAUUAUUUUUCUACUAUUUAUUGAACUGGAUUUGAGAGUGAUCAGAUGAGCGCCUGACAGUGGCUGGAACUGAACUGAAUUAACUCUGGUUGCCAAGGUAACCACAGUGGCUGAUCAUGGACCACAGAGUGUCCCUGCUGCACAUGCCCCUCACUUCCUGUUAAGGAUGCAUCAUGGAGAGGAAGUGGUUAUUCAACACAUAUCUGACACAGGUUAUCCUUUGGAUUAUUUUCAGUUGAGAAUCAGAAAAUGAUUGUUAUUGUUUUGAAGGUGAAAUUAGUUGAAUUCUUUGUCCUGACUGAACAAGCUGAAUACAAUACAUUGUAUUCACUAAUCCACCCUACCAGGCAACCACCAGUCUAGGGCUGGUUUGUGUCAACAGGAUGCUGUAUGACUGAAUAUGGAAGGGCCAUGCCAGGACCCUGGCAGAAUGACUCAGACACACAUGAAGAGCCAUUCCCACACUUUGGUGGCCUGUUAUCUGCCUGAACAUUAAGGCAUAGAGCUGGUGAUUGGUUGGUCUGUCUUAUCUGACCCCCUCACACUAACAUCUGGACCUGGUGGGCCAAACUAUGAUGCUCUCUGUCUCUAUGCCUGAAUGGGACCUAUCACUGUUGACGAGAGGUGUGUGUGUGUACACAGCUUGUGCAACUGUAAUGGGGUGUGUGUUUGGUCUGAUUGUAUGGAAGUGGUCAGAGCAUCUCAAUUGAAAGCAUUAUUACAUGGUUUAAUUGUUUUGAAAGUGUAAUUAGUGAAUAGAGAUGAAAUUAUCUUUGUUUCAGCCUGAUUAUCUGAUGAGUCAUUUCCCCGUCAUUUCCCCAUUUCCCUGUUUUUUUGUCAUGUGAUUCAUGGAUGAACUUCUCCAAAUCAAGUCAUUAUUGUAUUCAUUUAGUUAGGGUGUGUAACGGUUCUCUUGUGGUGAAGGAGAGUCGGACCAAAAUGCAGCGUGUAGAUUGUGAUCCAUAAUUUAAUAAACAAACGUAACACGAAUCUAAAUACAAACACUACAAAAAAACAAUAAACGUAACGAAAACCGAAACAGCCUAUACUUGUGUACACUAACACAUAGACAGGAACAAGGACACUAAGGACAAUCACUCACAACAAACUCAAAGAAUAUGGCUGCCUAAAUAUGGUUCCCAAUCAGAGACAACGAUAAACACCUGCCUCUGAUUGAGAACCACUUCAGACAGCCAUAGACUUACCUAGAACACCCCACUAAGCUACAAUCCCAAUACCAACACACCACAUACAAAAACCCCAUGCCACACCCUGGCCUGACCCAAUACAGGAAGAUAAACACAAAAUACUUCGACCAGGGCGUGACAGGGGAGAAUGUCUUGUUUUUUCCCCCCCCGAUCUAUACAGUAAGAAGUGUACAUAACUUUUUAAAAGUCAAAUAGCUAUUCAUGUGUUGCACUCCAUAUUUUUAUGUUUGAAAUUAAAUAUUGUGUACUCAAAAUGAUGCUCAGAUAUUUGGGUUUAUUGUGAUAUUUUUCAGUUCAUGGUAUGCGACACCUUGGAUGUUAUUAGGUCUACCUUAAGGUCCAUAUUGGAUGGAAGACAGACUGACAUAGUUGUAUUUUAGACACUUAAAGCUUUUUAAAGAUCUUAGUCUUUAAAAAUCUCAUUUUGUUUAACCAUGUAGGGUCAAAAUGUCACAAAAGACAACAUCAAUUGUCAAGAAGAGAUUUUCUUUUAGACUGCAGUGGAACUUUCUCCCUGUUAGUUGAGUUGGAUUAGUUCUAGACAGGAUAUGGAUCAAUUUCAUUUCAAUUCUUAGAAAUUGAAUAUCGUGUUACUUCCCGAAUUGAAAUAUAAUUGACCUCAACUUUAGUUCUAGAAUACCUUUUCAUUGAAUAAUAAUGCCAUGUCACCUAACCCUAUAGCUCAUAUUAUGGGAUAUUGUGGUACUCUACUCUCGCUGAAGGUAGUUAAAAGCAGUAAUUUGUUUUAGUCACAGUUAUCUCCUACUGUCCUGUUCAUAACCACCACCACUGAAAUUAUAGCACUGGACAUUACCCGAUUUUGUCACAUCGGUUGGUGCAUAUUUCCAACUGUACGGCACCAAAACAUACAGUACCAGUCAAAAGAUUGGACACACCUACUCAUUCAAGGUUUUUUUUAUUUAUUUAUUUUUAACUAUUUUCUACAUUGUAGAAUAAUAGUGAAGAUGUCAAAACUAUGAAAUAACACAUAUGGAAUCAUUUAUUAACCAAAAAAGUGUUAAACAAACCAAAAUAUAUUUGAGAUUUUAGAUUCUUCAAAGUAGCCACCAUUUGCCUCGAUGACAGCUUUGCACACUUGGCAUUCUCUCAACCAGCUUCACCUGGAAUGCUUUACCAACAGUCUUGAAAGGAGUUUCCGUGUAUAUGCUGAGCACUUGUUGGCUACUUUCCCUUCACUCUGCAGUCCAACUUAUCCCAAACCAUCUCAAUUGGGUUAAGGUCGGUGAUUGUGUAGGCCAGGUCAUCUAAUGCAGCAUUCCAUCACUCUCCUUGGUCAAAUAGCCCUUACACAGCCUGGAUGUGUGUUGGGUCAUUGUCCUGUUGUAAAACAAAUGAUAGUCCCACUAAGCGCAAACCAGAUGGGAUGGCAUAUCACUGCAGAAUGCCGUGGUAGCCAUGCUAUUUAGGUGUGCCUUGAAUUCUAAAUAAAUCACUGACAGUGUCACGAGCAAAGCACCCCCAUACCAUCACACCACCUCCUCCAUGCUUCACCUGGGAACCACACAUGUGGAGAUCAUAUGUUCACCUAAUCAACGUCUCACAAAAACACAGCACUUGGAACCAAAAAUCUAAAAAAUCUGACCGAAGUACAGAUUUCCACCGGUCUAAUGUCCAUUGCUCAUGUUUCUUGGCCCAAGCAAGUCUCUUCUUCUUAUUGGUUUAUUCUUUAGUAGUGGUUUCUCUGCAUCAACGAGACCAUGAAGGCCUGAUUCACACAGUCUCCUCCGAACAGUUGAUGCUGAGAUGUGUCUGUUACUUUAACUCCAUGAAGCAUUUAUUUGGCUGAAAUUUCUGAGUCUGGUAACUCUAAUGAACUUAUCCCCUGCAAUAGACGUAACUCUGGGUCUUCCUUUCCUGUGGCGAUCCUCACCAGAGCCAGUUUCAUCAUAACGCUUGAUGGUUUUUGCGAUGGACUGUUGUUUCUCGACUUAUUUGAGCUGUCCUUGCCAUAAUAUGGACUUGGUAUUUUACUAAAUAGGGCUAUCUUCUGUAUACCACCCCUACCUUGUCAUAACACAACUGAUUGGCUCAAAUGUAUUAAUAAGGAAAAAAAAAUCCACAAAUUAACUUUUAACAAGGCACCUGAAGUGCAUCCAGGUGACUACCUCAUGAAGCUGGUUGAGAGAAUGCCAGUGUGCAAAGCUGUGAUCAAGGCAAAGUUUGGCUACUUUGAAGAAUCUCAAAUAUAUUUUGAUAUGUUUAACACUUUUUUUGGUCACUACUUGAUUCCAUAUGUGUUAUUUCAUAGUUUUGAUGUCUCAAUAUGGGAAUGUAGUAUGUGGAAAAUAGUAAAAGUAAAGAAACUCUUGAAUGGGUAGAUUUCAACUUUUGACUGGUACUGUCAGUGGGUCUGAUGUUUAGAUGUUUUGUUUGAAUCUGAAAAACAAGUGUUACAUUUACUGAGAAUAUAUUGUAAUUACUUUUUUGACACGAGAGAGCAUGAACAGUAUUUACCAGCUGUUGUAAGAAAGUAUAAUCUUGUGUAUACCGAACACUAUGAAUUGAAUUAAUGUACUGAAAGAACUUCCAGUGUAACAUAUACAGUUAUAAAAUGUGAAUGUGAUAAAAAUAAAUCCAUGUUACACUUAAA